AUGCCUCCGCGCCGCCGCUCCGCCCCCGGCUACCGCGAUGUUCGCUUGCGGCCAAGCGGCCGCUUCGACGCCAAGAUCCGCUCCGGAGAGGAUUGCAUCCGCCUCGGCACCUUCGACAUGACGCACGAGGCGGCGCGCGCCUACGACGCCGUCGCCUGGCGCCUCGGCCGCUCCCGCCGCCACAUGAACUUCCACGAUCGCCUCCGCAACGUGGAGCAGGACGAGUGCCUCCACCUCGAGUGGGCACGGCAGUUCCUGGAGGACGUCACCGCGAUGAAGGCGUUCUACGCGCAGAAGGAGGAGCAGAAGGCGGCGGCGAAGAAGAAGAAGAAGGCGGACCGCGAGAAGCGUCGGGCGGAGUCCGCGGCGAGGAAGGCAGCGAGGGCAGAGAAGGCGGCGAGGAGGGCAGAGGAGAAGAAAAACGGCGCCGAGCCAUCGACGAUCAUCCUCUCCUCCUCCUCCUUCGAGUGGACGUCUACUCCGGUAUCCGACACUACUCCGAGCAGCCACUCGUCGGGCUUCGACUGGGACUCGGAGUAG